AUGGCAGGUGGGACAUCUGUAACGACAGGUGGAAGCGAGUCACCACCUAAUAGUCGUGUGUGUCGGGACUUUCUGCGUAAUGUUUGUCACCGAGGUAAACGAUGCAAGUAUUUGCACGAACGUUCUGGUGAAACCCCAGCAGAGGAGUACACGUUCUGUCAUGAUUUUCAAAAUGGAAUGUGUAAUUGGCCUGGUUGCAAAUUUAUUCACUGCACAGAAAGUGAAGAAAAACAGUUUCGCGCAACUGGAGAAUUACCCGCUCAUAUUAUUGCGCGUUUUAAAAAUAAUUCGGAAAAAACCGAAUUUCCUUUGUGCAAGGAUUUUAUGAAGGGUAAUUGUCAGCGGGUUAAUUGCAAAUUUAGGCAUUACAAAAAAGAAGAGCCGCAGCUUACGAAUGCCCCUUCACCGAUGAUCAAUCAACCGGUGCGUUCGCAGCACUCUUUCAAUGGGACUAAUCACAAUGACAAUCGGAUUCGCAAUGGCUACGAAGAGUUAGAAAGAAGUGUACACUGGCAGUUUGAAGACCAUCAGUAUGUGCUACAAAAUACUAAUGGUCAUAAUGGCUAUACAGCGUCACCGCAAUCGAACGAUUUUAUUGGUGGACCUCCUGAACCAAAAAGAAGAAUUUUAUCUGGUGGCGAAGCUAUUGUGCAUUUUGAAGCAUCUCCUAUUGUUGGACAGCACACAACAGCUCACUCGACCGUAACUCCCGGGUACUAUUAUCCUGUGAUAGCGAGAAAUGAAGCCCGGGCGAUAGUACUCGAAGAUGAAAAUUCGUUGCUUAGAAAAAAAAUAGACGAAUUGAAAAAACAAGUUAGUGAUUUGACGGCAACAAAUGAAUUUCUUCUUGACCAAAAUGCUCAGCUACGAAUGUCUGGUAAACGAACAGCCAACGUAACAUCAGUAACUGUACCCGCGGUUACCAUCACCAAUACUGUUCCACCCUCGCAAGCUCCAACACCCCAGCAAAUGGUUAAUGCAGCAGUCGCGGCUGGAACCCUACGAACUGUCACCGCAAGUGUCGCAACCGUUCCAGUUAGCAUUGCUACCGUUACCCCAGUGUCAAUAGCUGCUGUGUCAAUGGCGCCUGUGUCAAUGGCACCGCCGAUUGUCACAAUGGCCCAGCAGACAAUUACCAUGAGCGGUUCUGGGCCUCAACCAGCGAGUCAGCAGCCUCAGAAUCCUCAACAGUCAGCUAGUUUGCCUCUUUCAAUAUCCGGAGCUACUGCUCCAAUGGUAUCUUAUCCGAUUAUGACUCAAGAACUUAGACCUGUGCUACAAUAA